CUGGUACUCUGCGCUGAGCUGGGGCUUUCUAGGUUGAAAUGAGGAGACUCUCUUGAAAAUGAUGCUGUCUGCAGUGAGAUGUUGAAUGCUGCGUUGUACGGUUUGCGGUAGAAGCCAGCCUUCCUGACUUCUUCAGUGUGAGCUGAGAGCGCGCCGUGGGUGCUGGUGCCAAGGACCCGGUGCUCUUCUACGGGCUUUCUGCCACUGAACGGGGAGCGUAGGUGAUCUGGGUAGGAGGAUCCUGGAGGCUGCUUGGGACUGUGAUAAGAACAGUUGCAGAAUGGAUCUGCCACUCUGUUAAGCGUUUCGAUCUUGUACUUUGAAAGCAGCUGACAACGUGCGGUAAUGUGCUGACUGGCGCUAUGGGCAGGCGGUACCCGGGGGCUCACUACCGGCCAAGCAGCUCAUAUUUCAAAUUAUAAUCUAUUUCCUGGUGCAUUGCUGAAGCCCUGUGAGCCAUGUCAGAAGUACUUCCAGUCGAUUCUGGUGUGGACGCGUUGGCAGUGUUUAUGGCAAGCGGCAGCACGACAGACGUUGUGAAUCGCAAUAAUCCCGCCACCCCACCAAACACCCUUAACCUGCGCUCUUCUCAUAAUGAACUGUUGAAUGCAGAAAUCAAACAUACAGAGGCCAAGAACAGCACUCCUCCAAAAUGCAGGAAAAAAUAUGCACUAACUAACAUUCAGACAGCCAUGGGUCUUUCUGAUCCAGCAGCACAACCCCUUCUGGGGAGCAGCUCUGCCAAUAUAAAGCUGGUGAAGAAUGGAGAAAACCAGCUCAGAAAAGCUGCGGAGCAGGGACAGCAGGAUCCCAACAAAAACCUCAGUUCCACUGCAGGCAUAAACAUAACUUCUGAGAAGUUUGAAGGUAAAGAGCCAAUCCCACAGGAUUUCUCAGGCUGUGAAAUAUUACCCUCCCAGCCAAGGAGAACCAAGAGCUUCCUAAAUUACUAUGCAGAUCUGGAAACGUCCACUAGAGAACUAGAACAGAGCUUUGUUGCGAUGGAAGAUAACUGUGCACAAAGCAACAGCCAGGCUUCUACCGUUAUUGUCAAUGGAGAAGUCUUGCCCCGGAAACAAAACAAGCUGCCGAGCCCGGAGGAUGGCCAAGUUGCCAUGGUGUCAUCAAGUCCCGAGACUAAGAAAGACCACCCUAAAACUGGGGCCAAAACGGACUGUGCGCUACACAGGAUUCAAAACCUCGCUCCGAGCGAUGAGGACUCCAGCUGGACAACGCUGUCGCAGGACAGCGCUUCCCCAAGCUCCCCUGAUGAGACAGAUAUAUGGAGUGAUCAUUCAUUUCAGACAGACCCAGACUUACCACCUGGCUGGAAAAAAAUCAAUGACAUUGCUGGGAUCUACUACUGGCACAUACCAACAGGAACAACUCAAUGGCAACGUCCCGUGUCCAUGCCAACGGAUCUCCAGGGCUCACGGAAAGGAUCGCUUGGCUCCAUUACUCCAUCUCCCACUCCAGAAACUGAGAAACAGCCAUGGAGUGAUUUUGCUGUUCUGAAUGGGGGAAAGAUUAAUAGUGACAUUUGGAAGGAUCUGCAUGCAGCCACUGUGAACCCAGACCCAAGUCUAAAAGAAUUUGAAGGAGCAACAUUACGCUAUGCGUCUUUGAAGCUCAGAAAUGCUCCGCAGUCUGAUGAUGAUGAUUCCUGUAGCAUCAACAGUGAUCCAGAAGCCAAGUGCUUUGCUGUGCGCUCUCUGGGCUGGGUAGAAAUGGCAGAGGAAGAUCUUGCUCCUGGAAAAAGCAGUGUUGCUGUGAACAAUUGCAUCAGACAACUCUCAUAUUGUAAAAACGACAUCAGAGACACCGUUGGCAUUUGGGGCGAGGGCAAAGACAUGUACCUUAUCCUGGAAAAUGACAUGCUGAACCUGAUCGACCCCAUGGAUCGCACCGUUCUGCAUUCGCAGCCCAUCGUGAGCAUCAGAGUCUGGGGAGUGGGUCGGGACAACGGCCGAGAGAGGGACUUUGCUUAUGUGGCAAGAGACAAAGAUACAAGAAUUCUGAAAUGUCAUGUGUUUCGAUGUGACACACCAGCAAAAGCCAUCGCCACAAGUUUACACGAAAUCUGCUCAAAGAUUAUGGCUGAACGGAAAAACGCUAAAGCUAUGGCUUGCAGCUCAUUACAAGAGAGGACAAAUGUCACCCUUGAUGUUCCCCUGCAAGUAGAUUUCCCAACACCAAAGACAGAACUAGUGCAGAAGUUCCACGUGCAGUACCUCGGCAUGCUGCCCGUGGCUAAGCCUGUCGGAAUGGAUACUCUGAACAGUGCUAUUGAAAGUCUAAUGGCUUCCUCUAGCAAAGAAGACUGGAUGCCAGUUACCAUGAAUGUUGCUGAUGCUACUGUCACAGUCAUCAAUGAAAAAAAUGAAGAGGAGAUCAUGGUGGAGUGUCGUGUCCGGUUCCUGUCCUUUAUGGGAGUAGGCAAGGAUGUCCACACAUUUGCCUUCAUUAUGGAUACAGGAAACCAGCAUUUUGAGUGCCAUGUUUUUUGGUGUGAACCAAAUGCAGGCAAUGUAUCAGAAGCUGUUCAGGCUGCUUGUAUGCUACGGUAUCAGAAGUGCUUAGUAGCCAGACCUCCUUCACAGAAAGUUCGCCCACCCCCACCUCCUGCAGAUUCGGUGACUAGAAGAGUUACAACUAAUGUAAAAAGAGGAGUGCUGUCCCUCAUUGACACUUUGAAACAGAAACGCCCUGUCUCUGAGAUGCCAUAGCUGGGGAAGAGAGAAGAUUCUUGUAACAUUUAACUGAAGAAACAGUAGCUACGCUAAGGAGAAUGAACUGAUGAUGUUCGGCCUUCCAUUUUAAAUUGCUGAUGCUUUGUCUUCAGAGAAUUUAUCUAUAUCAAAACAAUGUUAGACAAGCAUGUUCUCUCAUUCUUGCCACCGUCGUGUGAUAUGAAAAGAAGCAUGAAUAAUUUUUUUGCUGUCAGUGAGUUACAUCAUGAGCAGUGGAAGGUCUGUUUCUGAUUGUAAAUACAUGAACGUUACCUAAAUUCACACACAAAGAGAAUAUGGCCACGUCCCUCCUAGUGAACUCAUGCUAAAGUCCUUGGAGUGAAUGAUGCCUGAGUUGAGUUUUCACCAUCGUAAGCUGGAUUUGUCACAAAUCAAUCUUAAAUCCUACAGCACUUUGCUCUGUUUUCAACACUGGAGUAGGUACCAAGUAUUAGUUACAAUUGAAUUACUGUAGAUUAAAUACUUUUUUUUUUUCCCCAAAACUACACCUGUUAGUUUUAAAUUGUUUCUCAACAUUGUUCUUGCAAUCACUUCAACAGCUCUCCCUGACAUCCUUUUGAACCAUGGUGUCAUUUCAUCUCCUGUUAUUAUGUAAUUAGAGAAGUCCUGUGUUUAAUACCAAACCAAUGCUGAAGAAUCCAGAAGUGUCUCGAGUAACCGAAUACAGGGGGAUGGGCUCAGGCCUUUCAUCUUUAACCAUACAAAUGUGUGUGUGUUGGCUGUUAUUCUCUCGAGCCUUUAUUAAGGCAUCAGAAAUACAGUUUGUUUCCCAUAGGGCUCAUACCAAUCAGAAGAAAGAACCAGUCAGUAAUUUUACUGUGUCAAAACUCCUAGAGACUGAAAUGUUACAUACUUCACCCAAAUAAGUGUUUGAUCAAAUGUUUGAUUCAGCGUCUGGUUGCACAAUUUCCCCUUUCCCUUGGAGUCUGUUGCUGAAUACUUAACAUGCCACAAAAAGAACAAUCAUAUCUUGUUAUUUACAAAAUUCCAUGAUAUUUCUAUUAAUGCUCUGUGACAAAAUAAUGAAAGAGUUUUCUAACAGGAUAUAGUGCUUCAGGUGUUGCAACCUUAUGGCAAUGCUUUUGCUCCAAAGGCUUCAUAUAGUCACACUGAUCCACAGUACUGCAGAUCCUGACAAAGUCAAUACAGUAUUGCCCCUUAAAAUUGUACCUCAUGCUAAUUUUCAAAUGCAGUUACGCAUCUUUAGUUUCUCCCCUUGCCACCUUCUGUUUAGACCUGCAGUUUCAUACAAACUGUGAAAAGGGAACAUUAAAAAUGUUUUUAACUAGUGUUAAAAAUGUGGUGCCUCCAUUUAUAGAUACUUUCAAAAGUACCACUGUCUCCCAAGUCUGCAAACUUGGUAAUACUGUAAUUUUAAAAGAACGUUCUCAAGGCUAAGGCAAGAACUCUUUUCUACUUUAAUAUGCAAGGGAUUGUUAGACUAUUUUCUCUUUUUUCUUUAUUUAAAAAGAAAUUCAAUAGCAACCCCUGGGCAAGGCAAGUUAGGAAUACAAGGGGAAAGGUGUGAUGAUUCAAGAAAUUUCUGCAUGGAAAAUGUAGGAAAAUUAUUAAAGUAAACUCAUCCUCAUCCUUAUGUAUGAGCAAGUGGCACACAGGCUAGCUAUGCAAUUAGUGUAAUUAAAAUUAACUCUCCGUAAUACCGUCUGAAGAGCUGAUCCUCCACUGAUCUCAAAAUCUCUUCUAGGACAGAGAUUUUGUACCUAAUGCAGUGAAACAAUCUUUUCCCUCCCAAGUCUCAGAUUCCUGCUUCCUCCUUUGCACCAGAGCUCUAUCGCUUGUACACUUGGAGGAGAAAAUCAGAUCAGCUUAAUGUGAAUAAUCUCAAAGAGAGAAAGGGGUCAGGUCUGUGAAUUUGAUCCAGUUCGCUGCUUGGCUGUGCUUGACUUUGUUGAUGCCAUGGAGGCAGAGAGAGCACGCAGCUGGACGUGAGGAGAGGCAAAGCAGCAGCAGCACAAGUUUAAACUGACCAUGAAGCCAGAUCCCAAAGCACGGAUAUGGUAGCUUGCAUACCUGCUUAUUCCUCUGUUUCUCUAGCUUCUCACUGAUCCCAGUGAAGUCUGCUAGGAGCAGUGUUAAAAUUGUUUCCUAUCAUGACGGGCUUCUGAAAAUCAUCGGACGGUAACCGAAUAUGUCUUCAAGGAGGAUCAUUAAGUUAAGAGAUAAAAAGUUCCUAUCAUUAUACUAUUGAAUCAAACUUUGACUUUAAAUUACAGCAAAUUCUUUGACACUGUCUUUUUUAAAUUAAAUUUGGAAACUCCAGGAUUUGGAUUUGCAGCUAUUCUACAACAAUUAAUUUUAUACAAGGUAAUUCAGUUCUGUAGUUGCAUCCAUACAGUGCUGAUUCUCCCAGAUAGAAACCCCGACUGUAUUUAAACUACACUAACACUUUGCAAAGAGCAGUAAAAAAGGUUUUUCAGCGUGUCAUCCAGACUAUGAAUGUCUAGUUAGCUUUCACUAGCAAAGUGUGCAAUUGAAGGAAGGACUGAGAAGAGAGAAAGGUAUGUGAAAAGCCGUAGGUCACUUGCCAAUGUACAUUUUAAGUCUUGUGUCUGCGACCAAAAUGUUGUGGAUUUUGCAGAUAUUUAAGUAGUGCGUAAUGAUCAGAACAUGAGUGGCCCUUGUGCUUCGGUAGAGCUCCUUAUUCUCCAAAAGAUUAAAUAUACAGUCAGCUGUUUGCAGAAUCAGAGCCUAAGACUGCAAAGCCAGAUAAUGCUUUGUUAAACAAUAUGUUAAGGCACUCUUUUACCAUGGCCAAAAAGAAUGUAUGGAGUAUGUGUGUUUGAGCAACUGCCAGUGUUUUAGUUGAUGUUAUAGCGACCCUUCAGUUAUCUAUGCAUUUUUUUAUAUGUAGUGAUUCUGUAGGCAGGCAGCCAUGUUCACUAUGCCUUGUAUGUCUGAUGUCAUAUUUUAAAUUCACCUGUUAAAUACAGCUUAAAAUAUUUUUAUUUAUUCUAUUUUUACUGAAAUAUCCUGCAUUAUUAUGUUGAUGUAUUGUCUUUUCUGAACAUGAUCUUGCAACAGUCUCCACUCUGUACUAUAGGUUGUCUUAAAAAAAAAAAAAAAAAAAAAAAAAAAAAAAGUGGGCUUUGUAAUUAUCUGUAGUCACGUUUUUAAUGAAGUCUGUAGAAAAAUCAUGUAAAGCUAAUUUCUUAAUUUUUUCAAUGCAAGUAGUAAGCUAGAUAUAAGUAUCACAUGUCAGUCAUUUCAUUAAUAUACUUCCUUGCAGAAGCAAGGAGAUUUAUAGUCACAGUCAAUGACUAAAGAUAAAAGCCUUUCUUUUGAAAUCUGCAGUGCUGGCUGUAGGUUUUAUUUAAGCCACUUACUCUUUCAUUUAAAGGGGAGAAAGGGGGUGUGGAAAGCAUAAGCUUAUAUAGGCCACCUACAGGUUCGUUAACUAGGAAUAACAAGAAUUGCAUGAAAGGGCAUUGAUUCCACUUACAAUAAAAUGAGUUCUUAGUGAUAAACUUUGUGUGCAGAGCUACCUGUACCUAUCCAAAUAGCAUGCCCGUUUGUGACAGAGGAAGAAAAGCUGUGGAAUAACUAAUGGUUUAUGCCAGUUCUGUGUCAUUUACUAAAGAGUUCUACAUCCCUUCUCUUUUAUCAAGCAUUUCACAGAUCAUUUAAUUGAGGAUCUAAAAUUGUUAGUAAAUCAUAUUGUGAAAAACAGAACUAUUCUUAUUUCCACAGCUAAUAGGGGUUCAGCCUUUACAGCAUUACUAUUAACACCAUUACUCCUUUCUUGGGCAGGUUAAUUACAUAAUACAUUGCUAAAACCUGUGCUGCACAGUCAGCAAUAGUAGGUUUGAUUUAUUUUAACAACAAUAAGAAAGAAGGAAACACACCCAUUGUUUAGCAGCAGAGCUCAGUGUUAUGUAGAGCACCUGACUGACACUGAAAAGGACAAUUUUCCCUGCUGUUGACCACUUCUACACACUUAAAUGUAAUCUGUUCUGAGAAUAAAUUUAGCUGCAUAACA